UGUCAGUUCUGGUUUGCCCAUCUUUGCGUGUGCAUCAAGGUCUUCUUUCUGAUGCUUCAAGAUGACCACAACAGUUGGGAACAUUUCUGAAGGCUUGAACACAACUAAGUUUGACAACGUGUCCCAAAGCAUUCCUGAUUCCAGACAAGUGAAAAACCACUCUAAUAACACAGCAUCUCGACCUGAUUGGAUACUCUACACAGUUCCUGCGUCAGCAUUUCUGAUUGGGAUUGUGUUGUUCACAUAUGUUUGCAAAACACAACAACGCAGAAAUGCACCUGCAAAGCAGCGGACAAACACAAACGAACACUUUGCCACUUACACCGACUUUGGGUACACUAAGAGCAAUACUCAGAGACAUAUGGUUACCAAUGAAAACAAAAAGGAUGACACACAAUCCUAUGAGAAUGUAGAAGCAGCUAUCUACAGCAAUCAAGACAAAGUCACAUAUUAUGUUUCUGCAGAUGAAGAUUAUCUUAACCCCGAUGCAAUGGGGGAAGAGGAAGUGGUGGGGCCAGAGGAUCUUCACAACAACACCCUACAACUGCCUAGCAAUUUGACUGAUACAGAUGGAGAGUCGUAUGAGAACAUGGAGGGGUGUUUAUAUGCUCAGCCUCGCACACAGACACAGCAGUUCCAGCACGACGCUGAAGAUGAGGACUAUAUCAAUCCUGAUGAAGAUCAAAAACAAGAUCUCGCUCUAGACCAAACAGACACCGGCAAGUGUUUCAUUAUGUGUUUGUAUGCACAUGUACAGUUUGGAAUGAAAUAAACAAACAAAAUAUUA